UCAGGACCCUGGAACCAGCACAAGUGAGGCGACUGUCUGUCAGUUCGGAAGCUUAUUAAACACGGAAUUGUCAAGUCCACAACAAAGUGCGAAUCCAGAGUUCACAAUCUCUGACCUCCUGGCAGAGGGGGGCGAAUAUCGAUUGUACCAACUGACAAAGUUCUAUCGAGACCGACUCAAACAAGCAAUUGAAGAAAAGGUUGAAAGACUCGGUUGGAUGUUGACAAAGGAGGGACAUUUCAGUAGAGAAGAGAAUGAGAAAGUCACUGAACUGACAGAGAAGGGAAACCGGACAGAGAGUUCCAUACUCUUCCUCAGUUUGGUGAUGGGCAAAGGAUCCCGGGUCCGGAGGGCGAUGUGGGAAUGCUUUGUGACAUGGAGGACUGAGUUACCGAAGCUGGACAGAAUACUGAGGGAAAUACAGGAACUCGGUCCUGAUCCACAGGAAUACAUGAACAUCGCCCAGGGGUUAUCUGAGUUACCCACUCAACUGAUAGAUGUUCAACAGAAACACAAGGAGACUCUGCGGGAACAAACUGAAACACUGAGAGUGAACACGAUCCUGAUGAGGGAGAAGGUGAAGGUUUUCCAGCUGGUUGAUCGAUACGCUGAGCUCACGGUCAUUUCUACUGUUCGAGAUCGGACACUGGUGGAACAUGAGCUGCUGGCAAGAGGCAGAGACCACGAGGAGUGGACAGAGAAACAUCUCCGCCAAGAUGGUGGAGACACAGAACCUCAGUACACAUGCACAGAUCCUGAAUUCAAGUGCAAGGUGUCUGACAUUGUGUACAGUUUAAUCCAGGGCAAGCUGCUCCCAGGGUGUUCAGUGCUGGUGACCACCCGUCCCACUGCGUUGCAUUUAUUGGAGAAGGCAGAGAUUCGUAUCUGGGCUGAAAUCCUGGGAUUUGUUGGUGAGGAACGGAAGGAAUAUUUCUUCAGGCAUUUUAAAGAUCAGAUGGUGGCUGCAGCUGUUUUCCAACACGUGAAGGAGAACGAGAUCCUGUACACCAUGAGCUACAACCCCUCCUACUGCUGGAUCCUCGCUCUGGCACUGGGCCCCUUCUUCACACAAAGAGUCAGGGACCCACAGCGAGUUCCCAAGACAAUCACCCAACUGUACUCCUACUAUAUUUACAACAUCCUGAAAAACCACGGCCGUGAGAUUGAGAACCCCCGUGAUGUGUUACUCAGGGUUGGUCAGAUGGCCUUCAGAGGAGUGUCUGAGAGGAAGAUUGUGUUUACAGAUGGAGAUUUGAUCAAGUACAAUCUGCAGCCUUCCCAGUUCCUGUCCGGGUUCCUGAUGGAGCUUUUGGAGAGAGAGGAUUCUGCCCAGAGCGUGGUGUACACAUUCCCACACCUCACCAUCCAAGAGUUUGCAGCUGCAGUCGCACAAGAGUUCAAGAUGAGGCUGCAUACAGGGCUACGUUUGGACAAUGUCGGUCUCACAUAUUCUGCUGCCGAGGAUCUCGCCUCCGCUCUCAGUACAAACCGAUCACUGACGGAGCUGGACCUAAGUCAUAAUAAACUGGGAGAUUCAGGAGUGAAACUGGUGUCUGCGGCUCUGAGGAACUCGGAGUGUAAAAUACAGAAACUGUGGCUGCGGGAUGUCGGUCUCACAGAUUCUGGUGCUGAGGAUCUCGUCUCCGCUCUCAGAAUAAACCCGUCACUAACGUGGAUCAACCUGGGAACAAACUCGCUUACGGACCGAUCUGUCCCCGCUCUCCGCCGUCUCAUACUGACCCUCCCGAGUCCGGAGCUGAUCCGGCUCGACGGGAAUCAGUUCAGUGAGAACGGGAGGAAGGAACUGGGAUCUCUGCAGGUACCGAGACCCGGACUGAGAGUGAUAUGUGAACAGCUGAAUGAGUGAACAUCCCCGGCCACUGGAUGGCGACAUUUUGGCCAAUUCCACGCCCUCCCCUUUAACUCCCAUCCUCCCCUUUAACUCCACGCUCACCUUGAAUGGACGCGCGCCGGGAGUAAUUCUUUCAACAGAACCGGCUCCAGACUAUCGCUCAGUGACAUCGGAAGCCGUCCCCCGGUGACGUAUUUCCGCCUGUUGUAUUGCGGCGCAGCUUCCUCUGGAUGUGCGGGUUCGAGGGUCAGUCUGGGACACCGGUGUCCCAGGUUGGGAUUAUCCAGGGUGAGAAUCCUUUUACUCCCUUUGCUGAGAGUGCAUUCUGAAGUCUGACCGAUAUAAUGAUGUUAAAUAGUCAAAUACCUCGGUAUUGACCCUGGUCUGCAGCGAUCUCGGACACAGACGUGAAAUGUCAUCCCACGCCGGGAGACUCAUAGCGUCCGGUUCCCAGUGUCCAGAUAACACGCAGGAAGUUAUACAGGGCACGGUUCCCGGUCUCCAUAUCCCAAACUGGGAAUUUUGCCAGACACGGUUCCCGAUCUCUGUCUCCACACCGAGAGUUUUACCGCGCACGGUGUCGGGUCUCUGUAUCGACAUCGGGAAUAAUACCGCACACGUUUCCUGGUGUCUGUAUCUUCCUCUCUCCACGACACUCGGAGUGAUGACGCACAGGAUCCGGAGAUGAGGAUGUCGGAUCGGCCUCUAUUGUUUGCGAUAUAUUUAUUAUUUGUGAUAAACAUUCUGCGCAAUUGAGUGGAGGGUGGUCGAGAGUGUCUGU